AUGAUGGCCGCCGCAGUGGAGUCUCCAUUUGCCGCUGUGGCCGACUACUCCAUAACUCGUAAUAAUGUGAUUCAGCUUUGCCUGGAGCUCACCACCAUCGUGCAGCAGGACUGCACCGUGUUCGAGACCGAGAACAAGAUCCUUCAUGUGUGCAAAACGCUGUCGGAGGUGUGCGAACAUAUUGUGUGCGUGUCUUCAGACCCGCUGGUUUCACAGUCGGCCCACCUUGAGCUCGUGCAUCUCACCAACAUCAAACCCUCCGAAGGCCUGGGAAUGUACAUCAAGUCGACGUACGAUGGUCUGCAUGUCAUAACAGGGACCACAGAAGCGUCGCCGGCUGACCGCUGUAAGAAGAUCCAUGCGGGAGACGAAGUCAUACAAGUCAAUCACCAAACUGUGGUGGGCUGGCAGCUGCGGAACCUGGUGGGCUCUCUCAGGGCGGACAAAGGAGUGGUGUCUCUGACUUUGAAGAAGCGCCCACAGAGCACGCUCAGCUCUGCCCCUGCACUCCUCAAGAACAUGCGCUGGAAACCCCUCGCUCUGCAGCCGACCAGGAGUCCAGGUAGCAGUUCUGGGACUCCGUCUGGGACCCCGACUAAGAGCUCUGCCCUCCAGGACCUGUACAUCCCCCCUCCCCCCAAUGAGCCAUACCAUCCCAGAGAUGAGUCCGGAGACGAGGCAUCCCGUAACCAUGGCAGCAUCAGUGUUGCAAAGCGCUCAGAGUCCCCAAACUCCUUCCUUGAUCUAGAGUCUCAACGGCACGAGGGAGACGACCCGGUUUACUGCACCACCCCCACUUAUGGCAGACUCAGGCCCAUCUCUAUGCCUGUGGAGUGUAACUGGGUGGGCGACUACGAAGACCCGGCCAAACUGAACCGGGAGCGGAGCAGAGAGGCUACGUUGAUGCGCUAUCGAGUUCUUUCGGGGUCCGAUGACAGAACCACCUCCGACGAUUACUCCUCCCACACGGCACGGCUGGGGAAACGGGCCAAUGACACAGCCAAAAGAGCCAAGAGGCGGAGCCAUCACAGCCAGAGCCCCUCCCACUAUGUCCUCCAAUCAAAUCAGAGGGAUUCUCCGCCUAAGGACCCAGCAUCACUCUAUCAUACAUAUCAGCAGUCAUCUUCCUCCUCCUCCUCCUCGCUGUCAAAAAGCAGGAAGAAAAACAAAGGCGAGACCACCUCGCGGCGAUUCUGCGCAUGUGCAGACGCUAGGGUGGCGGUGGCGGCUCAUGGCUGCAGCCCCCCCCCAAAAAAAAUGUCGGGGCCAGGCCACUUUGGCUGUGGCUGGUAUAUCAGGGAGGCGGAGAAGUCGGCACUAACGCUGGACCUGCCCUCUCUCAGACGUCCCUCUAUCGGCCCGGACAUGCAGGCCUUGGUUGGCGAGACUGGAGCUGCAGCCAACGACUCGCUAUGGCUAGCCCCGCACUUAGCACCGGAGGCGCGAGGCCCACAACCUCCACGGAGCCGGGACAGAGGCAGAGAGCGUUCGCCCGGGAGGCAAUCCUGA